GUGGAGGGGCGCGGUGAGCUAGGACCUUCCUUUGUCACGUGGUAUGGUGAGGGUUCGGGCCUUCUUAUCACGUGGUCGCCUUACAGGCUGCAUGUUGGUGGGGCGGGGCCCCCAGGUCUGGCUCGGCGGAGCGGCCGCUUUGUUCCUGGCCUUCCUGUGCAUGCCCUCGCUGCUCUCCGUGUACCCCUCCCUACGGCUGCUCCCCCGAGCCCUCUCCAUGGCCACACGGCCUCCGGAAGCCUCGGCCCCCGCCCCCACCGGCUCGGACUACGCCGCCGGCUCCGUCUCGGUAGUGUUCGUAACCUGCCCCAAUGACAAGGUCGCCAAGACUAUCGCCAGGGCUGCGGUGGAGAAGCGCCUGGCCGCCUGUGUCAAUCUCGUGCCCCAGGUCACGUCUAUCUACGAAUGGAAGGGAAAGGUCGAGGAGGACAGCGAGGUGCUGAUGAUGAUGAAGACCCAAACGGCCUUGGCGGCCCCCUUGACGGAAUUUAUCCGUUCUGUGCAUCCCUAUGAAGUGGUCGAGGUCAUCGCACUGCCUGUGGAGCAGGGGAACCUUCCGUACCUUCGGUGGGUAAAAGACAGCACCGCUUAUCCGGGAUAAUUCCGCCUGGGUGACCCCCGAGCCUGCUGGGGUACCCCGGGCUGACUUCUACACCCCUUCUCUAAUAAACCCUACCCCCAGA